AUGCCGCCGCGCAUCCGCACCGUUGAGGGAUCUUGCUGGUCCUGCAAAGAGCGCCGAGUUAUCUGCGAUCUCACCCUGCCCGCUUGCGUCAAAUGCACCAAGACUGGGCGCCGCUGUGACUAUGGUGCCCUCCGUCUAAAAUGGACAGACUGUGUAGCGUCCAGAGGCCGGUUUGCUGGGCAGAAGGUCCCACUCUAUCAGAAGCCGACACUGCAACGGAACAGUGAUCACUAUCUGAUGUACUUCGAGAACGAACUUCUCCCACGUUUCAACUUAACAAAUACUGUGCCAACCAUUGAUCUGAAGCUCCUGGAGAAGGACCCAGUCUUGUUCGAAAGCGCCAUCGCCGUCGCUAAUGCCCAUGCCGCCUACCGAAGUGUUGAUGGGAAAGCCCUCGUCUUGCAAAAGAUACAGAGCCGGAACCGCGCAUUACGCGUCUUCCGGGAGCAAUUGAUGACCGCGCAUUCCGACGAAGUUACAAGCAGUUUGUUUAUUGCAAAUGUAUUACUGUGUAUCCUCGACGGCAUUAUCGAACCCGUUUCAACCUCCGCAACACACCACCAUCUUGUCGGAGGAAAGGCCAUUCUUAAGCUAUGGGCGGGGGCGCGCAGCGUGUUUGAGUUGAAGCAGGAGCUCCCGGUUUUGAUGCUGUCAAUAUUUGCCACAAUGGACCUCACCCACUCCCUACUAAUCGGCGACUCGCCAUAUUUCGAACCAUCGUCUUGGGCUGAAUUCGGAAAUAGCGAAUCAUGGUGGGGAAACGUCAAGCCGAAUAAUCCUUUCAUUGAAACAAUGGCCAUUAUGGCACGGCUGGCGAAUCUUGGCGCUGGGGUUCGAACCUGCAAAGACAUUGUCGAGAUAGACACACUGGCGUCUAUUCAAUCGUCUCUAGAUCAACAGGCAGCCGAUCAACAUGCCACCAGUACCACUACAGAUUCUGUGGCGUGGGCAGCGUUUUGCUCGGCAUACCGCUUUAGCGCUUCAUUGUAUCUAUACCGAGCUCUGAGUAGUCUCGAUGUCGACCAUCCUUUGGUCCAGCAAGCUGUGACAAGCGGUAUAGGGGUCAUCGGUGGGACAGGCCUCACUGAUAAACUUCACCACUGCAUUUUAUUCCCGAUGUUGGUCAUCGGAUCCCAUUGCGUGAUUCCCGAACAGAGGGGUGCCAUUCGAAAAAGCCUUGAGAAAACAUCGGUAUAUCUAUCAUUCGAGGCUCUCAGAUCCCUCGAAUCGUUCCUUGAACGGCGAUGGUUGACACUUGACAACUCCGCGGAAGUCAGAAAGCAGUCGUGGUGGGAAUAUUUUGAUGAAAUUGCAGGCGUCAGCUGCUUGUUCUGA